UGACCCCUCCGGCUUGCCGUAGGCAGGCUGCUCUUCCAAGAUGGCGGCGCCCACCGGAGCAGGCACCCGGUGGCUCUGGGCCGGGCUGGUCCCCGUUCUCUUCCUGUUCGCCGCGGCCGACGAGGGGCCCAGCACGGCCGAGUUCGACGUGCGGCCCGGCGGGAUGGUCCAUUCCUUCUCCCGGAGCCUGGGGGAUUACACCUGCUCAUUCACAUAUGCUUCUCAGGGAGGGACCAAUGAGCGGUGGCAGAUGAGCACUGGAGUCAGUGAAGACAACAAGCUCUUCUCCUGUUCAGUGUGGAGGCCCCAGGGAAAGUCUUAUCUCUUCUUUACCCAGUUUAAAGCUGAAGUGAAAGGAGCAAAGAUAGAGUACGGCAUGGCUUAUGCCCAGGCUGCAACCGGUGGGCAGAGCGACGUUCCCUUAAAGGCAGAGGAAUUUGAAAUCACGGAAACCACAGUGGCUCACAAAGAAGGCAAGUUCCGCUCCGAACUGUCCAAACUAGUGAUUGUAGCGAAAACGCUCCAUGACGAGUUGUGAUCCGGAGACCAAGAGAUGGGGCUUGUCUUUCGGCUGGAGAUGUGUGAUGGAUAAAGGGGACUUUUUUCUUAAUUGCUGGGUGUCUAGGGUGUUCUUUCCUCUUUCCCACCUAGGAGUAUGUCAGGGUCCAAAUAUGAGCUGGACUCGGAGGUGUUAAGAUAGACACCCUCUGUCUUGUGUCAGAGUAACCAUGUGCCUGAGGUGCUGGAGGGCUUUGCAGCUGGAGACCUCCGAUAUUCUUGAUUUGUAGCCAGCCAUUCUGUUGCCUGCUUUCUGCUCCAAUGAUUAGCUGAAUACGGCAAAGCUCUCCUCCAGCAGUGUCUCCUUAUCUUUCUCGCUAAGCAGAGCAAUGCAGAAAGAUAAGGAGCGGGAUUUAAGCAAGACUUGCUCAAGGAAAGUAGUUAACGCUUUGGAUUUCUGUCCAGGAGUGGGACAAGGACUGAUUCAAGGGGUAGUAGGAGGGGGGGUGCAGAACCAGCCAACCCCAUUCACUUUCCUGCUUUGGUCACCAAAGAAUAGCAUUUGGUGAGCUGAAAAGGAAACUGUCCCUGUUGCCCGGGUCUGAAUUUGGCACCUUGGCAUAAGAAAAGCAGAGCUGUGGAGGCCACAUGGGCCUUGUUUAUUCUGAUACGACACGGAUAUCCAUCCAGUGAGGCAGCCGUUAUUCUGUACAGUUCCAGGCCUAUUUUCGUAUCUACUGAAGUGAUUUUCUUAUUUAGUCUAAUAACUGUGAAGGAAUCGAGAAUUCCCUUCAUGUGUAUAAAAACCAAUAAAGCAUCAUGUCUCCAA